UUCACAUAGAGUGUAUAAUAGACGGUCCUUACCUGACGACGGCCACUUAUUCCGGAGAUAUCGAAAUGAACUCACUUUUACCCCUUCUCCUGGUCGCCGGCCUGUCCUGCGUGUAUGGAGCAAGCCUCGACGGUUUGCUGUGCGGCCCGGUGUGCAUGAUAUAUUGUAAGUUCGGUAACGUGGAGGACGACAGAGGAUGUCCCUUGUGUAGAUGUAAGCCCGAUCCUGCUCUGGCGGCAAUGAAAACAGCAACAGAGACACCAACGGUACAAUCAUUGGAAUUGAAAACACCACAAUCAGUCUGCCCCAUGGUAAUGUGUAUGAUCUACUGUCCCACUGGAAACCUCCUUGGCUCUGACGGAUGUCCUAAAUGUGCCUGUAACCCUUACUGAGAGAUGUUUGGUGACAAUUUUUUAUAUUAAAAACAUUUGACCUUUUU